CAACGUAAGAAGAUGCGUUUGGCCAACGAGGAGGAGAUCGAUCGUGCUGUCUACGCUUGGUUCCUCGCUCUCCGACAACAUGGAGUACCACUUUCCGGACCUCUCAUCCAAGCUCAGGCUGAAGCUUUCGCCCGACAGAUCUACGGUCCUGAAUGUACCUUCAAAGCCAGUCAUGGUUGGUUCUGGCGUUGGCAAAAACGUCAUGGUAUCUCCAGCCAACGUAUCUACGGUGAAGGUGGCCUCCCCACCGAGCCUGAUCGAGCUCCUGCCACCUGCUCUGAGACCUUACCCGUGCCGGCGACUGAUGCCGGUGGCUACGGCGAUGAGCAGAUCUACAACGCCAACGUCACUGGGCUCUACUGGAAGCUGUUGCCAGGACAAGCUGGUGGGACAACAGUGACAGCGCGGCGUCGGCCAGCUCCUCGUGAGCGGGUCACCGUGCUGCUGGCUGCUAAUUUAACCGGCUCCCACAAGCUCAAACCAUUGGUGAUUGGAGGCCUUCGUGAUCCUCCCAGCCUCCGUCAUCACAACCAGGACAAAUUCCCCGCUUGUUACCGCUACAGCCCUGAAGCCAGGUUGGGUCCAGCUCUUCUCCGAGCUUGGUUCUUUGAGGACUUUGUGCCGGGUGUCAAACGCUACCUGCGCCGCAGCUGCCUGCAGCAGAAGGCUGUGUUGCUGCUCAGCUCCCCACCACCCCCAACUGGGACAGGUCCUGAGGAAUCCCCACCUCUGCAGACACCUGAUGGCUCCAUCCGUGCCCUUUUCCUCUCCAAGGGUCCUGCUGGGAAUGGCUCAGCUGGAGGAGGAGGUCGAAUCCCAGCCCCGCUGGAGCAGGGGGUGGUAUCCGCCUUCAAGCAGCUCUACAAGCGGGAAUUGUUGCGCCUGGCCGUCUCGUGCGCGACCGGUGGCAGCAGCUCUGGUGGCCCCAUGGACUUUGUACAAUCUUUUCUCCUCAAGGAUAUGUUGUACUUGGCCGGCCUCUCCUGGGACCUCAUUCCCCCUGGUUCCAUCGAGAAGUGUUGGCUGUUGGGGCUCCGCGCUGCCUUCGAGCCCCAGCCUGGGGAGGAAGAGCAUGGUGCCUCCCCGCGUGGGGAGGAAGGCAGUGGGGACAGCAAAGUCUUCAGUGACCUGACCCACUUGGCCGCGUUGGCCUACAAGCGCUUGGCUCCUGAGGAGGUGGCCGACUGGUUGCACUUGGAUGAUGUAGCUCCGGGUACGGAGGAGGAUGAUGGGGAAGAGGACGCUGAGGAGGAAGGCUCUGGGGGCUGUGGGGUAGAGGAGGAUGAGGAGGAUGAGGCAGCUGCUGGAGAUGGGGGUGGCAGAAGGGAUGGGGAAGGAGGAGAUGUCUUGCUGCCCACAGCUCGAGAAGCCAUCAAAGGUCUGGAGACGGCGUUACGCUGGUUGGAGGGUCAGGACCCCCGGCAAGUGGGGCCGUUGAAGCUGGUGCAGCUCCGUUCCCUCAUCAGCAUGGCCCAGCGGCUUCACCGCGGUGGCAGCCCACGUUCCUAG